AUGAGGCUUCAAGGUGGCGGCCUUGCCAAGGGUCGUCAGUAUUUGCCACAAAUCUUAACGGUGUUGGCCAUAUUCGUUGUUGCUAAUGUAGUGUUGGCAGACCCUUAUGUAUACUCUUCUCCACCACCUCCUUCUCCUUCUCCGCCACCACCUUACGUGUACAAAUCUCCACCUCAUCUCUCACCUUCUCCCCCGCCUCCAUAUGUUUAUAAAUCACCUCCUCCCCCUUCUCCAUCACCACCUCCACCAUAUGUGUAUAAGUCUCCACCCCCUACAUCACCAUCACCACCUCCACCAUAUGUAUAUAAGUCUCCACCGCCUCCCUCACCGUCUCCACCUCCACCCUAUGUGUAUAAGUCUCCACCACCUCCAUCGCCAUCUCCACCUCCACCAUAUUACUACAAGUCUCCUCCUCCACCAUCACCUUCACCACCACCUCCGUAUUACUACAAGUCUCCACCUCCACCUUCACCAUCACCUUCACCACCAUACUAUUAUAAAUCUCCACCACCGCCUUCACCAUCACCACCUCCGCCAUAUUAUUAUAAGUCUCCACUGCCACCUUCUCCUUCACCUUCUCCUCCUCCACCAUCCCCAUCAUCACCCCCACCAUACUAUUACAAGUCUCCACCACCACCUACUAAAUCACCUCCUCCCCCAUACUAUUACAAUUCUCCACCACCACCAGUGAAGUCUCCCCCUCCACCAUAUUACUACUCCUCGCCACCACCACCCAAGAAAUCACCUCCUCCACCAUAUCACUACACUUCUCCACCACCACCAGUCAAGUCACCGCCAACUCCAUACUACUACAAGUCUCCUCCACCUCCAACUCAUUACUAUCCUCCACAUCAUCAAUUCGUGGUCAAAGUUGUCGGAAAAGUCUAUUGUUUUAGAUGCUAUGAUUGGAAGCACCCAAAAAUGUCUCAUGGCAAGAAGCACCUGAAAGGUGCUGUUGUUGAGGUAACUUGCAAGGCUGGUGACAAGAAAAUUGUGAGUUAUGGUACCACUAAGAUCAAUGGAAAAUUUAGCAUCACAGUUGAAGGAUUUGAAUAUCGAAAAUAUGGAGCAAAGUGUAGAAUUCCUACAAACCUUCACUGGGGAAUAAAGGGUGCUAACCUCAAAGUGAAGUCAAAGAAUAAAUAUGAAGUUGUACUCUAUGCAAAGCCAUUUGCUUAUGGAUCUAAGGCACCUUAUGCAGAAUGCAAAAAUCCCAAGCCUACACCUGCUCCAUACUACUAUAAAUCUCCUCCACCUCCAUCACCGACUUACGUUUAUAAGUCAUCACCUCCUCCAUCACCAAAUAUAUUUUUACAAAUCUCCGCCUCCACCAACUAA